UUAGAAAUGGGGCGGUCAAGUUAGUGACAUUUUCCAUUUAUUUUAUUGGCAAUUUAGGAGGGGAAAUGAUCAACAUGAGGAAAUUUAAAACUCUCAUCACUCGCCAGGGAAGUGGUUCAAGAGACGACAAGAGUCCAACAGAUGAAGUAGCAAGAACACCAAGUCCAAUUGAACCAAUUCGAUACAAGAAUGAACAAAGGGAGUUCUCCAAUGACCCUGCUGCUGAAGCAGAGAUCAUUGAGAGCAUAGAGAAGGAAUAUUUCAAGGAUGAAGAUUUUGACGGGAGUGAGUUUGAGCUUCUGAAGCUGCCAGAGUUAGAUCAGAUCGAGCCGCCGAAGCUAGCUGGGGAUAGAGACAGACUGAGGAGACAGCGGCAGUCGGUUUCCAAGAAAUUUUCAGAUGUAGUACUGGAAAACCAAUCAUCAUACACAAAGGAGUUACAACGUGUGACAGACUUGCAGGCUAGUCUACAGACGGCUACCAUCAUCUGUACAAAUGGAAGAAGACAACUUGCGAUGGCCAAACAGGGUUUCACAGUGGCAAGCCUGAGUAUUCUUGCCAACUUCAGAAAGAGACAACAACUACUGAGCUUGAUGAAGAGUUUACACACGAUCAAAACAUUGCAACAAACAGACAUCAGGUUAAGAGAAAUGUUAGAGGAGGAGGAUUACCCUGGUGCUAUACAGCUUUGCUUGGAAUGCCAGAAAGCAGCUAGCACCUUCAGACACUACAAAUGCAUCAGUGAGUUGAGUUCUAAACUUCAGGACACCUUGGAGAUGAUUGAGGAACAACUUGACCAGGCCCUCUCUAAGACGUGCAGUAACUUUGAUGUCAAGCACUACGAGAAAGUCCAAACAGCUUACACAUUACUUGGCAAGACACAAACGGCAAUGGAUCAGCUUCACAUGCAUUUCACCAGUGCAAUACACAACUCAGCAUUCACCAUCGUCUUGGGUUAUGUGGAACUCAUGAGCGGAUCGGAGAAUACCAACUUCCAGAAGAUGCCAUACAAGGAUCUAUGUGGGCACAUCACCACAGAUAUCUACAUUCCGUGUCUGUUGGAUUUAUGCAAGGCAUUAUGGGAAGUCAUGAAGAGUUAUUACAAGACGAUAGAAUGGCACGAGACGAACGAAGACCCUAUCAGCCCCAUAGCCAGGGAACAUAAUGAAUCCGGGGUUGAAGUAGCGACUGAAAUGGACGCUUCGUUUAAUCGUCGAUACAUCAAGACUAAAUUGGAGCAUGGUCUGGCGAGGAUCUGGCAGGAUGUGCAGCAGAAGGUCAAGACAUUCCUCCUAGGGACCGAUCUUUCAAAUUUCAAAUAUGAUGAUUUUAUUCACGUCUUGGACCUUGUAAACCGAUUGAUUCGUGUCGGUGAGGAGUUUUGCGGAAGUAAAUCAGAGAGUCUUCAUGAUUCACUCCGGCAGCAGAGUCUCAACUACUUCAAGAAUUAUCACAGAUCUCGUCUGGAUGAGCUUCAGAUGUUCCUAGAGAACGAAGGAUGGGAGCUCUGUCCGGUCAAAGCCAACUUCACCAUCACCAACCUCCAUGAGUUCCGGUUCAUCCGUCUGACCGGUCUGACCCAGAGCGGGGAUUCAGCCAACCAGUCCAGUCCCUCCAUCAGUAUUGGAGGGAAGGGUGGCUACUUCAGUCGGUUCUGGGAUGAGGGAAGUCCGUUUGAUCGGAGGAUGGACGAAGAUGAGAAUGAAGACGUUAUUGGAACCAAUGGAGUUGACGAUGUUGACGAUACUUCCCUUGGCAAUGAGGAAUCAGACGACAGUGACGUUCCUGAUGAACUCAAACAAGACUUCAUUGAUGAACUCACUCAAGGAAAACUCACAAAAAGUUCAAGGAAGCGACGUUCCCAAUCCUCCAAGGGUCCUGUGCCGGUUCUUGCCAAUACUACCCUCAAUGUGCUACGUCUCUUUGGAAAGUACAUGCAGAUGAUGGCUGUAUUGAAGCCCAUUGCGUUUGAUGUCGUCUUGUGCAUGUCUCAACUCUUUGACUACUAUCUAUUCUCAGUUUACACCUUCUUCGCUACAGACAUGAAUGAUUCGUUUGGGUUGAGUUUAAGUAACAAGAUCCGCACCACCCUGAAGAGAAUCAGUGAUAAUAUGAUCCAGCAGGAACCACCACCAGGCAUGCUACCAAACCCCAUGGAAAACAGGCAGGAGAGGAUCGGUUUCCCUCAUGUUUCACCGAUCGUUGAGUUGACUGGGAUCGAGCAGCUUCAUGGUCUAGCUGAGAGGAUCGUUGGCACGGAAUCAUUAGUUUUCCUAGCGGAGCAAUUUCAGCUUCUUCAGCCUCAUCUUGAGUCGGUGAUUCCUGCCUCCAAGAAACCAUUCCUUCAACAGUUCUACUCUCAGACUGUGAGCGUAGCCAGUGAGCUGAGACGACCCGUCUACCGAGGUGUGGCAUCAAGAUGCAUCUUGUUCGAGCGGAUGCUUCAACUUAUGGCCACGGUCAAGUGGGAUAUUAAAGACAUCAUGUCACAACACAGCACAUAUGUGGACGUCCUCCUUCAGGAUUUUAUGAUAUUCAAUACAAGACUGGAUGAAGUCGGCAGGCGAGUAUCCAUUCCAAGUCCAGUCUACAACAUCUUAUGGGGUCAUCUUGUACGGCUAGCUAACCGCACAUACGUUGAAGGGUUUGCCAGCGCUAAGAAGUGUAGCAAUGAAGGAAGGGCGUUGAUGCAGCUGGACUUCCAACAGUUUCUACUCAAGCUGGACAAGCUUACUGAUGUCAGACCAAUUCCAGACAAGGAGUUUGUUGAGACGUACGUGAAGGCAUACUACUUAUCAGAGUCAGACAUGGAGCAGUGGAUUAAAGAUCAUAGGGAGUAUUCAGCCAAGCAGUUAUUGAGUCUCGUCAACUGCGCCAUAAGCUCCAAGAAAGCCCGGCAGCGACUGACGGGCAUCGUUGAAGAAUUGGAGCGCACUCGUGGAAGGUGAAGUGUCAUCUUAAGGUCACCCUGAAGACUGCCCUCGCCUGCUGAUUGGACUGUUAGACCCUGUGCAUAACGCGCAAAGCUGCUGGGAUAGUGAGGUCAUGCAUGUGUUUUUUUACGCACCAAGAGCAGCUGUUGCCUCAUUUGACCUGUUGAGGGCGCUAUUUGAGAUGAUGUCAUUGCAAGGGGUCUAAACGAGUUACGCAGAGAGUUGUCGAAGGAAUAUCAACGGGAAACGCUACAUCCUACGGUCAACAGGGAGGUAAGAAAUCUACUUUCAUUAGAGAUAUGUUGAUGAUGUCAGCGAGGACUGUACCAUUUUGUAAAAAAGGGUAUGUAUAUAUUUAAUCCAGUAAUCAGUUGUAAUCAGUUAUCCGUUUAUAAUAACUAGUGAUAAACUUGUUGUAGGCUGUCUAAGGUGUGAUGUCUGUUCUCAUUCCAAUACACACAACUCAAAUUGAGGCUGCUAUGCAGUUAGUCUGGUCUCUUGAUGUAUCAUCACAGUUAUCAUGCAUGCACUGUGGGUAUCAGACCAUGGUGGUCACAGAGUAUGAAAGGUCAAUUAUUAUUCGUUACGCAUUGUAAUGGACGAGUUCUUAUCUUAAUUCAUUUUUUUUUUAUUCGCUGUU